AUGUCAACAUGGGAUGCUAAUUCCACUACUUCCUCCUCCUCUUCUUCCUCUUUGAACAUCAACAGCAGCAACAACAACAACAAUAAUAAUAAUAAUGGACAGACAAGAGAUAAUAGAUCGAGUACUAUGUAUGCAGUGGAACAAAGUCAGCAAGCGGUCCAACAGAAUGUUCUGCGUGAACUCUACAAGCAGCUAGAGUUGCUGCUGCUCAAGAAAAAGGUUGGCGACCAAAAGGUUACUCUGCGUCAGGGUCUGCUCGUUUCAAUUCCACAAGUGGAGCGUGUCUCUGCCAUGACUGGCAGUCAGGUGACGCACCAGCUCGAAGUGAUGUCGAACGUCCUCGUCAAGAUCAGCUCGGAUUCGUUGCAUUCCGUGUGUGAGGUGUUGAUCAAGAUGUGCGACACCUACCUUGACGACCCCUACAACAUGGUGUCGCAGACCGAGAAGAAAGGAAAGCUCGACUUGCCAUCGUAUGCAAAGGACGACGUCGAAUCCGACUUGGAGACGGUGGUGCCAGCGGCCACCAGCGAUUCUCUCAUCAACAGCGAAGCGAUAGGGUUGCUCUCCAACCAGAAGACAUCGUCGAUAUUCGACGCUCUCCGUCCGUUCAAUAGCUAUCGGCAGGUGGCCGACGACACUCCUCUCUAUCAUCUGUUGAAUACACUCUACUUGAUUCUGUCGUCACACGCGCCAGCCAGAGAAGCGGUCGCUGUCGGCAGUCGAUCGUCACAACUCGCCACACUCCCACCGAAAACCAUCACAUUCUUUUUCAAUCUACUGCAAUUCACAUUCUCACCGACGAUUCGUUAUCGUGCUGCCAGCUGUCUGCAAGUGAUUUCGAGGGUGGCGCCCGACGUCAUUGCACAGCUGUUUGUCACGCGACUCCAGUCGGCCAAGUCCGACGACUUUUACCGUGAGUACUCAACCUUUCAGAGAGCUGCUAAAUUCGUGGAGUUUGGAUUCUAUCGCGCCAACCAAAUCGACGCUACCACACAGUAUUUCUCAAAGAUCUUGUUGGAGAUGGAGAAAGCAUCGCGUGCCGUCUUCCAACAAUCGAUUUGCUUCACCAUUAUCCGCACAUUCCCCAAGAUGUUUGGACAAUCAUCGAUUGCAAAUGUUCCACCUACAUUCUGGCCGGUCGUGCAAAAGAUGUACGAUAUCGUUUUGAAAUGGACAAAGAAAUCAAAGUUGAAACAGCUGUGUAUCAGAACACUGGCUGUGAUGGCAUCGAUAAGCGAAGAGUUUAUGUCGACUCGUGGAACAGAUCUACUUACACUGAUUGGCAAUUCAAUGAAAGAAGUAAAGACACGUCGUCACUAUCUAGAGUCGUUGAUUACCUACUUUAUCGGAGUGAAAACACUCUAUGGAUCAGAGGCGAAAGCAACAUUCUAUCAAGCACAAGUCAGCUCCAUACUACCGGUAUUGUUACCGCAGGCGAUGCGUGCCUACGACAGAACACUCUGGCAGACACUGGAUCAUCUGUUUUCGAGCUACGACGGUGAUACCACCGCUCUCAGAUACAUCAUACUUUGUUUCCCGACACUCUGCUCGCCAGAGACACACAAAGACAUUGCCGACAAGAUAACCAAGUGGACAUGGCAUUCCGAUAGUGAAAUCGCAACAAUGUCAACCGUUGGCAUCAUCAAGUACUUGGCGAAUCAACCACAACUCAGUUUCCCUGCCAUUCUCUUCCAGAUGCUCACCUAUAUCACCAAUUACUUUGGUGAAACACUGGGAUUGACCAAAGUCGUAAAGAAUAUCUCAAUGGUAACGGAGGAAUUCAUCAAUCUGCACUACUAUCCGAAUGGCGAGAGAAAGAUGUCUGCACAGAUCGACACUGCCACCUGGCGGAAUCUAAGAGAGACACUUGAGGGUGUUGCACUGUUCUUAUUGGCCAGUCAGGUACAACCUCUAUGGGCACAGGUCAUCGAUUUAAUCAAGCUAACAGGCCAUCAGGUAUUCAGAGAGAUCGAUCAACAAGCACCACUUCCCUAUCUGGCAGACUAUCUUCCACAUCAAGUGUUCCUCGAGAAACAACCCGAUUGUUUGCAAGAUAUAAAGGAGUCAACUACCUUUGGUUGUUUGACUACACUGAUUCCAACGUUGAACCAGGAUCUAGCGUACUUCUUGCAGGUUCACAAUGGAAAUCUUCAAAACAGUGUCAACUGGGCGUGGACACGUCUGAGAAAGCGUUGGCAUCCAAAGUCACAGCCAGUAGGCUGGAAAAACAAUUUGGCAUUCCUGCUGCUCUCACUGCGACUCAACAGUGAACAGCCAGAGUUGACAGCGAUAGAGGAUCAACUGCUGACAGAGGUGAUGAAUGGCUACUUCCAGGAGCGUGAGGGUAAGAGCUCCGAAGAGAUGGCUGCCACCAUUUCAGAGCUCUCGCUCCACCUUGACCCGUCGUGCUACGACACCGUCUUUAGAUUCAUCGAACAGGAGCGUGGACGCGAUCUCAAGAAGAAAAAGAAAGAGGUAUUCUACAUCCAGGAGCAUGUAAUCAUCUAUAUUAGUCAGUUGGCUGCCAAGUUGUCAGUUGGUGAAUACGAUGGAAUUACAUCGAUUCGAACAGCACUUCGUGAGGUAACCUACUUUUGGAUUACCAAUAACCAGAUAUUCCAAUCACUCAAUUCCACCAUAAAGAAUUACUGUGCCAAACUCUUUAUUGUAUUCUUAAAUCUCGAUAGUAAGAGUUCCAUUCCAAAAGGUGAAAUAUCACUUAUCAAACCUGCCUAUACAAAAUUAUUAUUCCAAUGUUUACAAGCAAUGAAAAAUCAAGAUCCAAUUGAGAGUGAAUUGGAAUUGAAUAUAAUGAAAGCAUUCAAUUUGUUGAUUGCUGAAGGUUGUUUGGAUGAUUUCAGAGGUGAUGUUGUUAAUUUCCUCAUUCGUUGUUUGGACUAUGGACAUCAUCUUCAUCAGUCGAUAGCCAAUACUCUGGCAUUGUUCUUGCGACGCUCCGUCAAGUAUUUGAAUGAGUAUAUGGAGCGAUCGUUCGAUAGUGAGAGAUACCCCGUGGCAUCGCUAUCGUUCUUGAGAGCGCUGGUCAUCAAUUUCACAGAGUACAACACUGAGUGGCCACAUAACUGUGAACCAGAGAGAUUAGUACAUCUCAUCCUCCUACACAUGAUAUCGACUCAUCACGAAGCACGACAACUUGCAUGUCAACUAUCGAACCAACUCACCUCAGUACAAGGUGAAGAGACAGUGCUUCUCACAGCACACUUCCAAUCGACCAUUAACGAAUCGAUACUCAACUACAUGUAUGACAGAUCCGCGUUACUCUAUUCCAACUCGAUGUCCUCUAAAUAUCAAUGGAUGACACCACUCCUCUUCAAAGAAGCACAAUCAUCUUAUCAACAUCUACCUUUACUUCAUAAACAACUUAUACUCCCAUUGUUGGCACCAUGGACUAGAAAUUUCUACUGGGUAAUGACCGGUGGAGAGGAUACAUUGAAUGGACCAAAGAGUGUGGAGAUAUUGUUGGAAUCACUGCUGGAUAUAACUAUACAAUCAAAGGUGAUAACCAAUACUCAUUCGACAUUGGAGGUGUUGUGGUCAGAGUUGGCAGCCAGUGGAGAUAGUGCUGGCCAACAGGCAACCUACAAUGUUUAUAAGAGAAUUAUUGAUUUCCUCAAAGAGAAGUAUCACGUUGACAAAUUGCAAAUGGAGACUAGAAAUGCGUGCAAGAUGAUUAUUACUAUGAUAUCGAGACGCUCCACUCCACAUUGGAUUGUUGUGAUGGAGUAUCUGAUGAAGUCACUCCGACACUUCCAUCCACUGCCACCCUCACCCGUCCAGUUUGUCCAAGAUUUCCUCAAUAGCAACAAUAGUGUUGACAAACCAAAGGAUCAUCACGACAGUCAGCACAACACUGACACAGAAGCUGCCUAUAUGUUUUUCCUUGAGGACAUGACAUUCGAGUUCCAAAUGCAAGAUGUCCUUGCCGUACCAAAGCUGGUACCGACUCUGUUGGUCAAUGCGCUGUUAGUCUACGGUCCAACUGUAAAGACAACAACUGCCACCACUGCAACAGCUAAUCUCUCAAACUCUAGUAAUAGCAGUCAGCAAUCUUUGGCUAUCACAACUACAACUGUUGCCGAUAGCAAUACCAAUGAGGUAUCGAUCACACUGCCGGCCAUUCCUGCAAGUGGCAACAACAGACUUAGCACCAAUAUUCCAAACUUUAGAAUUUCAACAAGUUUGACUAGACAGCAUAGUCACUAUCCAAUUGGAAAGAGAAUUCUUGAUAAUCUAUUGAUGUCGCUGGUUAUUAGACAACCGAUUCUCGAUGAUGAACUGAAAAAGGAAGCAGAGGAGAUUAUCAAAUCCGAUUGGAAUGAAUGGGGUAUGAAAGAACGUACUACUAUUAUCAGGCUGAUGCAGUCUGCCCUCGGAGAUUCUAUCGUUGAGAUUUGGGAGUUGUUAGUGCUUCACUGUGCAAUUCGUUCGAAUGACCAUGCCAUUUCGAUAUCGGCAUUCGAUUGGUACGAAGGAAUUCGUACGACCAUUGGAACAAAGAAAGACGGUAUGGACGGUUUGCUCGGUUUGUGUUGCGGUCUUUGGAAAUCUUGUAUCAUGGGUGACAUUGAUAAGAUGCAUCGUACUAUCACUGUACUGAGCUCUGUCAUUGCCAACAAUCAGCGAUGCAUUGCAUCGGAUACAUCCUAUUCAAUCAUCAUUCGUUUGGGAUCGAUUCUACUGCAUACCAGCUAUCUAUCGCAGUUCAACGCUGCGCUAACUCUCCUCAAUAGAACCAUACAUGCUCUCAGUCCAACACCUACACUACGAUCGAAAAUCACCGAGGAAAUGAUUGAUAUUCUCGGAGCAGGCAUGAAGACAGACCAAGUUGUCAAUCGUGGAAUUGGACAUCCACAAACUGCACUACUAACGUUGUGGUUCGCCAAAGAGUGUAUCACAUUCUCAGAGAGUAGCAAGCGUUUACAACCGAGCUCGAUCAUCUCCACUGUGCUGUUGACUGCGUCGUGUAUGGCCGCAAUGUCACCUGGUGAUUCGCUCACUCUCGACUUUUUAGACUACCUGUUUGACAGUCCACCAAAUCAACUGUCUCAACACUUUGAUCUGCUCUACGAACACUAUCACCACGUAGCGAAAACCACCAGUCAACCACCAUGCUCACCUGUUGAAUUCAUAAAACUGCUGAUCACAGAGUUUGUCAGAAUAUUCCAAGAUGGCAAUCCAGAGUUUCUAUCGAAUUUAAUGCGUUCCGUCACCGGACUGGUUCGCUCACUUAUGGAAUCUAGCCGUGAGAAAGAUGCAGCAUUCCUUCUCGAGUUUAUCAGUGAAAUGAUUCACAACAUUCCAAAGGCAGCGUCUGGACUCCAUCCAAACUAUCUCACCGAAUUUAUCACAUUGAUCAUCGAAGUCUGUCAGCGAUCUUCGUCUGCUGCCACUCGUGAACAAUCACAGAAUCUCAUUCCAUUCAUCAUCGAUAACCUUCCACAAGGUCUACCGAUCGUUGUGUUUGACUUUGUCAAACCAUAUACCGGUGGAUUCGAAAGUUCCUCUAGAACCUCGAUGUUUGGAUUCGAAAAUGAAACGGAUUUGGUCAACAAUCUCUAUUCUUCACUCUACUUGAUCAACACUUAUAUCUUUGCUGUACCAUCGGAUUCGCCAAUCAACACCCAAAUGAGAAAUAUCCUUGAAGUCUAUCAUAAGGAGAAGCAAUAUCCACUGCAGCUUCCACCAAUCACCACACCAUUUGCCCCAACCAUCAAGAGAAAACCAUCGGUACCAUCGAAAUCCAGAAUCCCAUUCGCGACUCUAAGGUCAAGUGAAUCGAGUUUGCCUGCUUCACCAUCAACCUCAACAACAGCGUUACCAGUCACACCUCCAAUCUACAAAUCACAUAGUAGAUUGCCAUCAUAUACUCCAUCACCUCCACCUCCAUCAUCAACUUCUGCUCCACAACCAACAGCUCCACCACCACAGCCAAUGUCUACUCCGCCACCUUCAACUCCACCACCUCCACAACCAAGUCCAACACCUGUUCCUCUACAGAAACCACCUACUCCCUUUAAUAAACCACCUCCACCUACACAACCACCUAAUCCAAUCUCAAAGUCUGCAAGCCGAUUGCCACUUCCACCAUCACCAGCAGCUGCUACCAAUCCACCACCACCACCAACAAAUCACCAAAGAACUCCGUCGAAUAGUAGUACUGGUAGUAACAGUGGAAGUAGUCUGAAUCUGAGUGGAACCAUCACAAGACAACCAUUACCACCCACUCCUCCAACAUCCAAACCCCAUCCACCACCAAUUCCAAAAUCGAUAUCCACUGAAAGCAUUAGCCAAACAGAAACAACACCUCAACAACAACCAGCUCCACCAAUUACUACACCUCCACCACAUACAAAACCACCACAUGUAAGUCCACUACUACAUCAACAACAAUCAACUUCAUCACCUCCAUUUUUCGCAGCACCACCCUCAAGACCACCACCUCAUCCCUCAAAUCAUAAUAGAACACCCUCAAACAGUAGUGGUGGUAGUAGUCUUAAUUUGGCUCAACCAACAACACCUCCACCUUCUACACCUCCACCCGUAGGCGCACCACCGAUGAUUCCUCCCAAAAGACUUAAACCCAAACUUCCACCAGGUGUACAACAAUCUUCAACCAAUGAAUGA